AUUCCACUUAUCAGGGCCAGUUAUCAUGUCACUGUGAUCGACCUUCAAUGCCAUCUCCCCAGUCCGAUCCUCACUUUCUCAAUGUCGAUCUACCACACAAACCUCUUGUGGACCCGCUCUGGAUUCCUCCGAGGAGUUGAAUCGGGAUUUGGAGGUGGAAUCGACCCUUGGUUGGCUCCGGAAUGGUGUCGGCAUCAACUUGAAAGGGGACGUUCGGGGAGCGGAAUUAUAUAUGCGAUCUGGGUACCAGCUUUAGGAUACAUGGCUACGCAACAGGAGAUGGGUAGAUCGACCCAUAAAUGCUCCAAACGAUGUAGAUACAACAUUUUGUUUUCAAGAUAUCAAAUUUGAUGGAUCGGAUGCAAAUUGAAGAUUUCCCCUAAACCCAAAAUGACCUCCAGAACGAGAGAAAACUCUCAUAAUGUCCUCCCCUCUGAAAAACACGUCCAAUAACGCGUCUGACGUGUCCAGUGAUACACCUAAUGCUUCCAUCCUCCACUUGAAUGCCAAUUUCACGGACGGAAUCACGGUGUUGACAACAGCGCCUGCGGCAAAUGACUUUUUGGGAGAAAAAACUGGUCCGUUUGCAGACCUAAGGGCACUUGUCGAGAAACACACUACAAUGGCCCACAGGGCCAGCUUUCAGCCACUUCCCUCCCUGGAAAACGUAGUUCGGGAUGUUGCACAGCACCUGUGGGGACAUACACUCCCCAAAACUAUUGGAACAAUUGGCGACAUAUUUGACGCCGUCUCACUGACAAAUGACUUAAGUUUCGAAAUAUUCCUAGAGACAUGCAUUGCCGCAUAUGCAAAGAAACAUGGCAAGUCACCUCAGGAGGCCAUGGAACGUUUCCGUUCACAUGUUCCGAGUGAGGUAGGACAAACAGCUUGGCAGGCAUGGUUGAAAUUGCACCCUGGGAAAGAUAGCUCAGAGGCAGGAAGCCUUCGUAAGGCAGAGCAAUUGAAGAUCGAAGAGAAAUACCCUGAGAGGGCCGAUGAAGCAAAGGCUUUUUAUGACAAGUUGCUCGUGCAUUAUGGGGAUGCAAUCCUACCAAAAGACGAGAGGGAAACACGAUCUGAAAAGGGCUUCUACUUGCUACAAAAGCUGACUGGCAGAUACGCUGCUCAGGCUUCCACGCUCAGCUCGAUUUACCCUGUUGGCAUUGCACUUGUGGGCUUCACUUCCGAUGAAGCAGUGCCACCACAAGAGUCAACCAUUGCAUUCACCAGUUCACCAUUCAUCGCUGAACUAGUGAAAACAUUGGGAUUACCCUUUACUCAACAGGCCGCGCAAAGUAUGAGGUCCCUGUAUGACGGAGUAUCAGCAUUCAGCCCUUAUCAGCCCAAUGCUGCCAAACAAAAAGCUUUCCUCCGUCACCUUAGUGAUUUCAAGGCCCCUGUGAAGUCUGAGAAUGAGGAACAUAAUAUAUCGGGCCUUAUGAAGGCCAUCGUGCAACAUGCCAAAAAAACUGUCCAUUUUAAUGAUGACUUAGAUGUUGAUGAGCGACUUAUGAUCUCGGAGCUGGACUAUGAGUAA